AUGGACGCGCGCGGCGCGUCGCCUCCGAGCGAGGCGACCUCAUCGGUCGCCGAGCAGUGCCGUCGAGAAUCUCACGAGGCGCUCUUCCGCGCGCGGUCGGAGACGGUCGACGGCGACGACGAUUCGUUCGUGUGCGACGCGGUCUUUCGCGACGCGCAGUUGACGUGCAGGAUCGCGAGCGCCACCACGCGCUGCCGCCUCGCGAGGGCCGGCGCCUCACCGCGCGGGGACUGCGCCGCGAUGACCGACUGCGAGAAAUGCGUCGUCGCGGAACUGGGGAAGGGGCUGGCGUACGUCGAGGACGCCGAGUCGACGUCUUCCACGUGGAGCGGUGCGGCGGCUCGAGCGCUCGCGGGCGCCUUCGGGCGCGUCUCGCGGGCGUCGUCGUCGUCCAAGAUCGACGACGACGACGACGACGACCGGGCCGGGCGCAUAGACAGGAACAUGGAGUGGAGCGUCCACCUCCAGGAGGUCGAGUCGGUGCGACACGAGUGCAGGCACGCCGAGCUCCGAUGGCGAAACGAGCGCACCGCGCGCGCGCUGCUGGAGAUUCACCGAGCGGCGGAAGUCGCGGAAUCCGAAUCGUCGCGGCGGUUCGAGCGCAUCGCGGAGACGACGACCGCCGUCGCAGAAACCGUGGUGGCCGCGAGAGCCGAAGCCGAGGCGCUUGGCGCCAAGCUCGACGCGACGACGAUUCGGAUCGAUGACGUGAACGACGCGCUGGUCGCCGCACGAGCCGCGCACGAGGCACACGACGCGGUGACGCGUCGGGGGUUCGACGGCGUCCACGCCGCGGUGGCGUCGGCGAAAGAGGGAGUCGAUACAAUCGCGGCGCGAGUCGACGCCGCGGCGGAGACGGCGGCUUCGCUGAGCGCGCACGCGGCGAACGCGAGAGAGUCACUGGAUGCGGUGAGGGACGCGGUUGCGUGGCUCGUGGACUCGCGCGUGACGGUUCGCGAACACGCUUGGCGGUUCGUGUCCUACGCGGCCGUCGUCGCGGCGCUUGGGGCGCGGGAAUCGGCCAUCGCGGCGGCUGCGACCGUCGCCGUCGUCGGGUUCCUCGCGCCGUUUUUGGAAACCGAAUUCGGCGUCCGGAUCUUUCCGACGGAUGACGUGGACCAUUUUCGCGCCAAAUCGACGUGGGCCCUGUUCGCGACGCUCUCUGCGGUCGCGAAACUAUCCGUGCUCGUCCUCGCCGCGAGACGGGCACGUGUCGGGUGUGGCAACGAGGCGGCGUGGAGGCGGAGAAUGGAACGUAGGCUCGAGACGGUAGCCGCCGACGUCGCCGCGAUGCGAAGGGAACGUUGCGAUGCGGGGGCGGCGGAGGCGCGGGACGCCACUGUCGGGGUCGGGGUCGCCGUCGUCGUCGCACAGCCGGUGAAGGAGAGCGCGGUGGAUGGCGUGAGGCGGAGGCGGUCGACGAGGCGGCGGGUUCGGGCGUGA